CGGUAUAAAAACCUUAAUCCCUCCGUCAAAAAGCUCAGUUCGUGCCUUGGUUGAUUCUGGAACUCAUCUUCUUUCGUCUUCCUCUUCAAUAGUUUGGGAACUUUAUUCCUUUGUAACCUAUCCUUUGUGGACUUAGGUGGAAAACUUUUUGAUUUGAUCUCUUCUUCCAAACUUGGAAACUACAAAAUCCGAUCAAAAUGCAGCAAUUCCUGUUCUCAUGUGUCUUGAUGGCUUGCCUAGCCUCUUUCCAGGCUGCCCCCUUCGAGAACUUCGGCAACUUCGGUACCUACGGAGACGGCCAGAACGAUCAAUUCGACACACCCGACGCCAUGGGCAACCAGUUCGGCGGUGAUGUCAAUGAGUUUGGUGAUACCCCAGACUCACCAGACAUGGUCGACUCCCCGGAUGCAGCUGACUUCGAUAUCUUCGCCAUGGCUGCCGCCGCGGCUGGCCAGGCAGCCGGUCAACAAGCAGCGGGCGGAUCAUCCGGUAGCGACGACAGCGGCGAGGCAUACGGAUCCAUGGGUGGCGGUAGCAUGGGCUUCGGUAACUUCGGCGGCAUGGGCGGCGGUAUGGGCGGCGGUAUGGGUGGCGGUAUGGGCGCCGGUUACGGUAACCCUGGUGCAAACUACGGAGGCUACGGAGGCAUGGGCGGCAUGGGCGGUUUCGUCGGCAACCCCGGUUUCGACCAAAACGACAUGUUCGAUAAUGACCCAGGUAUGCUCAACGCUCAACGCUCAUCCAAGGGACGUGGUGUCGGAAUCGCGAUUGCAACCAUUGGCCUGGUCGUCGGCGCAGCUACCAUUGCCGUCGUCAUCAUCCGAAAACAGAGGCGAACCAACCAAAUGCAGAGUUUAAACUAGCCAUGUGUCACCCACACACACAGGACAAUCUUGACUCUGAUUUUUGUACGAACAUUCAUCAUAGAUAGCCUGAACAUUGUUACGUCAUUGCCAUUUAUAUGUAAGCCUGCUCAUGCGCAAGCCUAUCUUCACGAUUACUCAUUUUUAGCACGCGGUUUCAGAAGAAAAGGAAAAGAUAGUUAAUGAACAUUAAAUGCUUUCAGCCUAAUUAGGACGCCAUCGUUUAUCAACCUGCCUGCUGGUCGGCUCGUCACCUGUUCUUCAACUGUCUCAAAGUAGUAUAGCGCCCUCUCAUCUUCCAGGACUGUCAUGUUCUAAAUGAUCCGAGAUAAAGACGGGGAGCGGAAGGUCGUUGUACUUUAUUGCUUGCUUUGUCUUCAUCAACCAGAAGACAGUAAAACAAUUGAUUGCAAUAACUUCAUUAACGUAAUGCUUCCAUUCAACUUCCAACUAUGGACCAAAUCUACUUUUUCUACGAACCGCUUUUACGUUUUAUUCAUAUACGACAAGCUAUAGUGUAUUCAUCGGUCGUUUGGUAUGACCUCUUUGUAUAUUUUUGAAAUAUAAUCCGUCGUAUGAUAUAUGAGUUGAAUAAAUACAUAUUGGGUGAUUAUUGUUAUUGUGUAAGCAUAUGACUUCAUGAACCCGAUUAUUCUUUCUUAAGAAAA